UUGAAGAAGCUGUGGAGAGUUUGGAGGAAAAACUGGAUCCCAUCAGACAAACACAGACCUGAGGCCGGAUCCCAACUCCUGAAACAUGAAGACCGUGAAGAUGUUGGCGCUGCCUCUUCUCAUCACUUUACUGCACAGCCCUGUCUGUCUGUCAGUUACCGUGAGCAGCAGUAAACCCAAAGUGGAGGUCCAUGAACACACAGACGCAGUGCUGGCCUGUGAGUUUAGGACAGAGAAAGAUCAGAACCCUCGAAUCGAGUGGAAGAAGCGAGGGAAGGCGGUGACAUUCGUGUACUUUAAUAACAAAUUUACUGGUUCAUAUGCAGACCGGGCCAGGAUAGACGGAGCAACGUUGACGAUACACUCGGUUUCUCAGAAAGACUCGGGGGAGUACCGCUGUGAGGUGACUGCCAGCGAGGACCACGUCAGCCUGGGAGAGGCUAUUGUAACCCUCAAUGUGCUCGUGCCUCCCCAUGUCCCGUCCUGCGAGGUGCCGAGCUCUGUGUUUGUCGGCUCAGGCCUCGAGCUUCUCUGUAAGGACAAACUGAGCGUGCCUCCUGCCACCUACCGCUGGUACAAAGACAACAAGGCUCUGACGUCCACAGCAGACACUCCUUACAACAUCGACACAAACAAGGGCACGCUGAAGUUUAAGAGUGUGUCCAAAAUGGACACGGGGAUGUACCGCUGUGAGUCGUCCAACAGUGUGGGGGCGCCCAAGAGUUGUGUGGCCCAACAACUGAAAGUUAUGGAAUAUCCUUUGAAUAUGACCAUUUUGAUAGCAGGAGCUGUAGGAUUUCUGAUGCUCGUCCUCUUCUGCUGCAUCUGUGUGUGUGUCUGCCAACGCCGGGGCUGCUGCAAGAAGGGAAAGAAAACAAAGAGUACCAAGUCCUACAACCCUCCUCCUCCUCCUCCUCCUCCUUCCACCCGCAAUCUCAAGCACUACAAACAAACUCAGUCCUUCAUGAUCUGAGAGGGAAACAGUCUGACUUCAAACCAUCCGAACUCUGAAGUAAACACUUACUGUUCAGCACAGUGGAAACCUACUCCACUAUCACCUCGCUUUUGGACGUCUGCUCAUUGCUGCACUGGACGGACUCACACACAGACAUUAUGUUCAGAUAUCGAGCAAAACCAAAGAGUUAAUCAUGAUUUUUGCGAAAAGCCUUGCUGCUUCCUAAACACUGACAUUUGUUUGUUGGCUGUUUGGAAAAGGGUUCGUCAUGUCCAUAUCUACUACACACUUCGAAAACUGUCAAUGCAAAAUCCAGCUAAACUUUUUCAAAUGCUGUGUAAUAUGUUAAUAUGAUUCACUAUCUUCCUAAGUUUAAGAUAUGUCUCUCUUAUGCCACCUAUAGGCAAGUUGCUGUAACUAUCCACACUGAUAAUGCUAAAAUCCUGUAUAUAGAUUGUGUCACAAAUGGCUGUAUCCUUCUUAUUGCCUUCAGUUAAUAUUUACAUAUAGAGAUGUUGUUUUGUAUGAGGUUAUCAUUUUGAUAUAUUUUUAUAAAGCUGUUUGUGUGUUGAUCUCAUGUUAUAAUUGUAUACAUUUAUAUGAUGUGAAUUGAGUGACAAAUGAACAGGUGUCUGCACACACUGAAUGGUGCUUUGGAAGCUUUUAAAAGCUUUGACACACAAAUAUUUGCUGAGUAUUUCAUGAUCAAUAAAGAAAGAAAAAAAAAUC